UAUGGAUUAUCUAAACUGUAUAGAGUCAACGAUAAGCAUGUCGAGUAUAAGGAUGGUAAAAUGUUAACAGGAACAGCUCGUUAUGCCAGCCUCAACGUUCAUUUAGGAAUUGAACAAAGUCGACGCGAUGAUAUAGAAUCUUUAGGCAAUGUCUUAAUGUAUUUUCUUCGAGGAUUUCUUCCUUGGGAGGGAUUGGUUGCUGCAACCAGAAAACAAAAACACGAAAGAAUCCCCGAAAAUAAAGCAUCUACUUCUAUCGAAACAUUAUGCAGCGGAUUUCCCGACGAAUUUGCCAAUUAUCUGCGCCAUUGCAGAAGUCUAAAAUUCGAAGAAGCUCCCGAUUACGAAUAUCUCCGCAGCAAAUUCAGAGAUUUGUUUUAUCGCUUGAAUUUCAAAUUAGACGAAAGCAAUUGA